AUGGAUUCCGAAGACCCCCAGGAGCGCCCAGAGGAGAUCACCAGCAUCAUCAACGGGCUGGAGCGGUACAACCCCGAGGCCGUCGGCAACCUCGAGGAGUACCUGCGCCACCAGUGCGAACACAGAUACACCGACUCCAACGCGAACCGGACACUCCUGAAGCUAUACCAACUCAACCCCGACCGCGUCAAGGAUGAAGUCAUAACCAACAUCCUGGUGAAAGCCCUGACGUGCUUCCCCUCACCACAAUUCUCCCUCGCCAUGCACCUGAUCCCUCCCUCCAUUCUCGCACCCAACUCGCGCGCCGAACUGCCCGAGGCCAUCGCCAAGCUGCGCGAGCUGAGCAACCAGCUGCAAGGCUCCCAAUACGCGCGCUUCUGGGCCACGCUCGACUCGGAUGACCUCUACGCUGAUCUGACCACCGACAUCGAGGGCUUCGAGGAGCUGAUCCGCAUCCGGAUCGCCACGCUCAUCAGCCACGCCUACCGCGAGAUCGAGAUGAGCAUACUGGAGCAGUGGCUCGGCAUGGACGAUGCCGAUGCCAUGAAGUUCGUCACCGAGACGGCGGGCUGGAAGGUCGAGAAUGGUAUCGUCAAGAUACCCCGGAAUCCGGAGAACGAGGCAAAGAAGUCGGAGGUUCGCGAGGACGUCAAUGUUGAUAUGUUCUCGAGGGUAGUCAGACGGGCUUGGGAGGAGACUGCGUAA